AUGGCUGGAGUGUUACCAUGGCUAAUCUUUGCAGCCACCCUGCUGCUAGCAGCCAUCAAGAGCAGCACAGCGUUCAUCAUGGUUGCAAAGCCUGGGUGCAGAGAGACAUGCGGCAGCCUCACAACUCCUUACCCCUUCGGUAUUGAUCCAGGUUGCUACCACCAUCAAGGGUUCGAUGUUUCAUGUGAGGAUAACCACACUUUCAUGCAUAACUCGAGCAGCCUGAUGGAGAUCUACAGCAUCAACCUGCUCGGAGGGCAGGGACUAUCUUCCUCGACAACCCCUGCGACCACCGCUUCGCUGCUCGUUGGCCCCACGGCCUCCACCUCCAGCGUGGACGAGUCCCCGGAGCUCCUGGACCCGGCUAUCCUCCAGCUGGCCCCCUUGGCUACCCCUGCGGGCGGGAACCCCCCAGCUGCUCAUCCUUCAGGCGGGUCCCUACUGGGCGGCCAGCGCUUUGGCGCUGUCUACACUCGCCGUGCCCGGCCUACUACAGCGCCGACCGACCAGGCAGCGGCUCCUGUGGCCACGGCCGUGGCCCCUGCUGCACCUCCAGCAGCACCGGUGGCCCCUGCUGCACCUCCAGCAGCACCGGUUAACAACUCUGAGGUGCGUGACUUCAACCCAUGCAGCUAUGCCUUUGUUGCUGAGCAGGACUGGUUCAGAUUUGAGCCUUCAUAUCUCGAGGAUAGGAAGUUAACAGACAAGUUCAUGCAUGGAGUUCCUGCUGUGCUUGACUGGGUUGCUGGAAGUGAACCAUGCGAAGAAGCAGUUAAGAAUACAUCAUCAUAUGCCUGCAUUAGCAAGAACAGCCAGUGCAUGAAGUCACCAAAUGCUACAGGCUACCUCUGUAGCUGCCUCGACGGAUUUGCAGGCAACCCGUACCUGUCAGAUGGGUGCCAAGAUAUCAAUGAGUGCCAAAGUCCAGAUCAGUAUCCAUGCCAUGGAAUCUGCAGUAACACGAUGGGGGAUUGCAGUUGUUCUUGUGUAUCCGGCACACACAGCAUAGAUCCAAAGAGAGAAACAUGCAGUCCAGAUGCAAGUUCAGAGAGGGCUGAAUUAACUAAAAUGUUUAUAGAGGAUAUACUGUACAAAUUGGUUGAAACAGCAUGGUUUUUGGAAAAUUCCUAG